GACACCCCUUCCACUCAGAGUACGGACUUUCCCAUUAUGCCCUUCUUCGGGUCGGCUUUUCCGCUCUUCUGAAUAUCCAAAAAUUUGAAAAUUAUUAUCUUCUGCUUCUGACAUCUUCCCCCGUCUGUGUGUGGAAGAGGCAGAUGAUUCUCCCAUUUUCAAAUUCGAACAUUGAUGAUCUUUAAAAAUGCAACUUGUUGCCCUGUACUGAACUAUAAUAAACCAAGCAAAAGAAAGCCAAAGCAUUCUUUCAAUUCCCUGCUUCCUCACUAACCUCUGUCCACUACGCGACACACAGCUGCCUUGAUUUGUUUCCUCUGGUUCUAUUUUAUUUGUUUGUUUUUUUUUGAAAUCUCUGUUGCCGUCCGCGCUCAGGGACAGGAGCACGAGCAGAGAUAGAUCUAAGAAGGGGAAGACCUGCGUUUGAAUUGGACUGCUGUGCUCAAAGCUUGUAUGUUGCAUCAGGAAGGCCGGGACGACGAUCUACCGCAUUUGUGGAGUUCUGAAAGUGAGAAAUAAUAGCUCACUACUUCUUCCAAGGGAAGCCCCACUGCUUGCUGCUGCUUUGACCAAUUGCCCUUCAGCGCACUUUCGAUGAUUCAUCCAGCCAAUUUUAAUAGAAGGAUCUCAACUGCAGGAAGAAAGACCUUUGAUGUGUGAAAUAUUUUAAAUUUGCAGCUUGUUGGACUUGGGGUACUUCAACUCAAGCUUACAGCGUAGCAGGGGUUGAAAAAAUGUGUGAUUCACCUGUCGUGCAAGCUGCUUUCAGCAUAGGCGAUUCUCUUUCGAAUUGCUCAUAUUCAAGCUCGACUUAUUGUAAUUCAGCGACUCAUAUAGACCAUGUGGAUGAAUUUGGAUGCUAUGACUUAUCCUCAGAGAUGAGCAACUUUAGGGAAGAAGUUGGUAGUAUUGAUUCAUGUAAUAAAAGCAACGUAUACAGAUUUCAACUUGAGCAGGAUGUACAAAGAUUAGAGCAAAAGCUGCAAGAAGAGAUACGGUUGCAUGCUAUUCUGGAUGAUGCUAUUGAUAAAAAUGUUCUUAAAUUGUCUAGUCCAUCAUGUGUUCCCCAGCAGGCUCAAGAGCUUCUCUCCAAUAUUUUGGCAUUGGAUACCACUGUUUGUAGACUUGAACAGGAGAUGAUUUCUUUGCAUUUCCAACUUAGUCAGGAAAGAAAUGAACGGAGACUUGCAGAAUAUCAUUUGAGACAGUCAUCUUCUAAGUCAAUGUUUCUUUGCUCCUCUGACACUGACGCUACAAAGGAACAGAAUUCUUCUUUGAAGUGUCUAAAGCAUUUGAUUUCUGGUGCUCAUUCAACCUCUGAAGUUAACUUCUGUCAGGAGCUAAGAGAUCAAAUAUCUGAAGGCAGUAGCAAAUCAUCUACUAUGUACUCAAUGAUAGAGAAUGCUGGGGACUUGGCAGCACAUUUUGAUGAGAAGAAAACAUCCAUGGAAGUGGGUAAGCUUUCUAAAUGGUUGCUGCCUAAGGGCCUUUGGGAUCUUCCUAAUCAACUAUCGGAAGAGAUGGUGCGAUGCAUGAAAAAUAUUUUCAUGUCUUUAGCUGAUUCUGCUAUAUCAUCCAAAUCAUCGGUAUCAGAGAGCCGUUGCUCAUCUUUGUCUCCACGUGGACAUCUAUCCAACUUGUCGUUAUGGUCGCAAUCUGAACGCUCAAUUGUUUCCUCCUGGACGCAGAGCCCACAAAUUGAUUUACAGUGUAACUUUGCGGUUUUGGCUACAGAAAAUGCAUGUGAUCCCUAUAGAGUGCGUGGAAAAUUAAGUUGGGCCGAUAUUGGGAGCUACAAGUUAUCAACUGAAGUUUCAUGGAUGUCAGUUGGGAAGAAGCAACUAGAAUAUGCCGCGGGAGCAUUACGAAGAUUCAGAUUACUUGUUGAGCAACUAGCAAGAGUGAACCCCAUCCACUUAAACUGCAAUGAGAAGCUGGCUUUCUGGAUAAACUUGUAUAAUGCGCUUAUAAUGCAUGCUUACUUGGCAUACGGAGUCCCACGAAGUGACUUGAAGCUUUUUUCUUUGAUGCAAAAGGCAGCAUACACUGUAGGGGGGCAUUCUUUCAGUGCAGCUGCCAUUGAAUAUGUUAUUCUGAAGAUGAAACCACCCGUCCAUAGACCACAAAUUGCUUUGCUUCUUGCCCUUCACAAGCUUAAGGUAACUGAGGAACAACGGAAGUUUGCCAUUGAUGCAUGUGAGCCACUAGUGGCUUUUGCUCUUAGCUGCGGAAUGUACUCCUGUCCUGCGAUAAGGAUCUACACUGCUCAGAAUGUGAAAAAGGAACUUCAAGAAGCACAGCAUGAUUUCAUACGAGCUUCUGUUGGGGUAAGCAGCAAAGGGAGGUUACUAGUGCCAAAAAUGCUACAUUGCUUUGCCAGGAACUUUGUGGAUGAUGCGAAGUUAGCAGUUUGGAUAUCACAUUAUUUACCACCCGACCAGGCUGCAUUUGUUGAAAAAUGCAUUUCACAGAGGCGGCAAAGCCUCCUUUGUUCUCGCAACUGUGGUAUUCUUCCAUUUGAUUCUCACUUCCGCUACCUGUUUUUGCCUGACAACAUUUCAAGGUGAUACUGCUGUCGUUCUACAUUUAUCUUUGAAUGCACCGACUUCGUAUGCCAAAGUGUUUUAGCUUGGCUUCAGCUGCGCAGCCGGUCAAUAGCCUUGAGUGCUGGUUUUAAGUUGCCUCCAAGUCUUUUUUCCAGUACUCAUCACACCGAAGAAUGGAUUACAGUUAUUUUCCUGUGAGUAUCCAAAUACGGGAAGGUGGAUUUAUGGGGAAGUGAUUUUCCCUACCAGAAUUGCGUCUUAGGUUGCUGAGACUGACUCAAAUUGGUUGCAUCCCCUUUCGCUGAAUUGUGGUUUGCUCAAAAAUGAUGGAAAAUGCAGGUAAUUCGGGUAUUUUUUGUCUCAUUGACCAUGUGGCUUUUGAGAGCUAAAACUUUUGAUCAACGGAUGGCCGAACUUCAAUGUACUGAUCGUUAGUGAUUUAAUGAGUAUUGGCUUCUACAAGGAGAGGCUUUGUACUGAGGUUUGUUUUGUAGAUACAGCGCGUUAGUGGCAUCAUGACUAUGGUCACCCUCCCCCCAAACAUUGCACAGCCUUCAAUUGCCUGGCGUACGUGCACAAUCAAUCAAAAUAAUAAGGAAAUUAUAUAGACCUAUAAA